GACGGCGGGGGAGCCGCGCGGCUGUUUCUCACCAGCCUCCCCGUCUCCCUUCCCGGCUCCUCCCCUCCUGCAAGGGACCAGGCCUCUCCGCCCGGCCCAGCGGCGGGAGGAUGUGUGAGCGCCUCUCUGGGGAUCACCAGGCGGCGCCACACGGCCAGGUUAUAAAAAACAGCUAAAUGGAGUCGGAGCAGCUGUUCCAUAGAGGGUACUACCGAAAUAGCUACAAUAGCAUAACUAGUGCAAGCAGCGAUGAGGAACUUCUAGAUGGAGCCGGGGUCAUCAUGGACUUUCAGACCUCUGAAGACGACAAUUUGUUAGAUGGCGAUGCAUCUGUUGCAGGAACUCAUUAUACAAUGACAAAUGGCGGCAGUAUUAACAGUACAACACACUUACUGGAUCUCUUGGAUGAACCUAUUCCUGGAGUUGGAACAUACGAUGACUUCCACACCAUUGAUUGGGUGCGAGAGAAAUGCAAAGACAGAGAGAGACACAGACGGAUCAAUAGCAAGAAGAAAGAAUCUGCAUGGGAGAUGAUGAAGAGUUUGUAUGAUGCAUGGUCAGGAUGGCUGGUUGUAACGCUAACUGGCUUGGCAUCAGGUGCAUUAGCUGGUUUGAUAGAUAUUGCUGCAGACUGGAUGACUGACUUAAAGGAAGGUAUUUGUCUCAGUGCCCUUUGGUUUAACCAUGAACAGUGCUGCUGGACAUCAAAUGAGGCAACGUUUGAAGAGAGAGACAAGUGCCCACAAUGGAAAACAUGGGCAGAACUCAUAAUUGGUCAAGCAGAAGGCCCAGGCUCCUACAUAAUGAACUAUAUAAUGUAUAUUUUCUGGGCUUUGAGCUUUGCUUUCCUAGCAGUUUCUCUUGUAAAAGUGUUUGCUCCUUAUGCAUGUGGCUCUGGGAUUCCAGAGAUCAAAACUAUAUUGAGUGGCUUCAUAAUUAGAGGAUACUUGGGAAAGUGGACCUUGAUGAUAAAAACAGUCACUCUCGUCUUGGCUGUAGCCUCAGGUUUGAGUUUAGGAAAAGAAGGCCCUCUUGUACAUGUUGCUUGUUGUUGCGGCAAUAUCUUUUCCUAUCUCUUUCCAAAGUACAGUACAAAUGAAGCCAAAAAAAGAGAGGUAUUAUCAGCUGCAUCAGCAGCAGGAGUAUCAGUAGCCUUUGGUGCCCCCAUUGGCGGAGUUCUUUUCAGCCUGGAGGAGGUCAGUUAUUAUUUUCCUCUGAAAACCUUAUGGAGAUCAUUUUUUGCUGCUUUGGUUGCUGCAUUUGUUUUGAGGUCUAUCAAUCCUUUUGGUAACAGCCGCCUAGUACUUUUUUAUGUUGAAUACCAUACCCCGUGGUAUCUUUUUGAACUGUUACCCUUCAUUCUUCUGGGAGUGUUUGGUGGAUUGUGGGGAGCAUUCUUCAUCCGUGCAAACAUCGCUUGGUGUCGCCGCCGCAAGUCAACGAAAUUUGGAAAGUACCCAGUUCUAGAGGUCAUAGUUGUAGCAGCAAUAACUGCUGUCAUUGCUUUCCCAAACCCAUACACCAGAGUCAACACCAGUGAGCUGAUUAAAGAACUCUUUACAGACUGUGGGCCCUUGGAAUCUUCCUCCCUGUGUGAUUACAGAAAUGAUAUGAAUGCCAGUAAAAUAGUUGAUAUUCCUGACCGUCCAGCAGGCACUGGAGUGUAUUCAGCUAUAUGGCAGCUAUGUUUAGCUCUUAUAUUUAAGAUUAUAAUGACAGUCUUCACCUUUGGAAUCAAGGUUCCCUCAGGUUUGUUCAUACCUAGUAUGGCCAUUGGAGCAAUAGCUGGAAGAAUUGUGGGAAUUGCUGUAGAGCAGCUUGCUUAUUACCACCAUGACUGGUUUAUCUUCAAGGAGUGGUGUGAAGUUGGAGCAGACUGUAUAACCCCAGGCCUCUAUGCUAUGGUUGGUGCUGCUGCAUGCUUAGGUGGUGUAACAAGGAUGACUGUCUCUCUAGUGGUUAUUGUAUUUGAGUUAACAGGCGGCCUGGAAUACAUCGUGCCCCUUAUGGCUGCAGUAAUGACAAGCAAGUGGGUAGGAGAUGCAUUUGGCAGGGAAGGUAUUUAUGAAGCACACAUCCGUCUGAAUGGAUAUCCUUUCCUGGAUGCAAAAGAAGAAUUCACCCAUACAACACUGGCUGCUGAUGUUAUGAGGCCACGAAGAAAUGACCCACCAUUAGCAGUAUUAACCCAAGAUAAUAUGACAGUGAAUGAUAUAGAACAUUUGAUCAAUGAAACCAGCUAUAAUGGUUUCCCUGUUAUAAUGUCAAAAGAGUCCCAGAGACUAGUGGGUUUUGCUCUAAGGAGAGACUUGACUAUUGCAAUAGAAAGUGCCAGAAAGAAACAAGAAGGCAUUGUUGGCAGUUCCCGGGUCUGCUUUGCCCAGCAUACCCCAUCACUUCCAGCAGAAAGCCCUCGCCCAUUGAAGCUUAGAAGCAUUCUUGAUAUGAGCCCUUUUACUGUAACGGAUCACACACCGAUGGAGAUAGUGGUGGAUAUUUUCCGCAAGUUGGGCCUGAGGCAGUGCCUUGUAACACACAAUGGGAUUGUCUUGGGGAUCAUCACAAAGAAGAACAUAUUAGAGCAUCUCGAGCAACUAAAGCAGCACGUCGAACCCUUGGCGCCUCCUUGGCAUCAUAACAAAAAAAGAUAUCCUCCGUCAUAUGGCCCAGACGGCAAACCAAGACCCCGCAUCAAUAAUGUUCAACUGAAUUCAGUAACUGAGGAAAGAGAGGAAAGUGAAGAGGAAGUUCAUUUGUUGAAUAGCACAACACUAUAGCAUAAGGCAUUGUUCUGUGAUGCAAGAGGAAGGCUGGAUUUUUGGAAUCGCAUGCUGCUGGGAUUCACAAGUUGGUUUAGGAAAAUGCAGAUAGAUGGACAGAGGAAAUUUCUCACAGUAACAAAGGGAAUGAAAGUGGAUUUCUGCAGUCCUGCACUGGAUGCGUUCUGAAUUGCUAGAUCUGCCAUGAUAGUGCAGUGGGAAAGCUGUGUGGGAAGAUGGAAAGCUCCAAUCCGUACCCUGUUGUUUUGGUAUCAGAGAUAUUGUUAGUCCCUAUUUCUGGAGGGAUUACAUUGAAUUGAGCCAUCUUUUGAAGACUGCAAGAUUUUGCCCUUUUUACCACAGAGCACUGUUGUGUUAACUCAUGAAAUGCAUAGUUAUUCCAUAUCUCCUCUUUACAUUCCAGAAGAGAUUUUAUUUCCGUCUCUCUCCUGAGCCGUAACAAAGCCUCUUUAGAAUCAGUGUGCCCUUUUGAAAUGGUAGUUUCUCAUAUUGAGAUGUACUGUGACCUGCUGAGUUUGAUCACAAGAAGGAACUGUUUCUUGUGCCAUUUAAGCCUAGUGUUUGUAUAUCAUGAAAUUCAUGGGGCAGUUUAGAUCUACUGCCACAAAAGCAGAUUAAACCGGUAAAUAACACAGAUGAAGCAUGUCUGAAAUCUUGCAGUUUAGGAGCUGUAACUUAAAAGGCCAAAAGGAGUGCUUCUUCUGCAAGAUGAUGAUGGGUUUAUGCAAUUUUUUUGUAUUAUUAAAAACACUAAGGUAUAUACCAUUGUUGUGCAGUGUAAGGAAAUUGCUGCUAUUCUACUAAGAACUGGAACAAUUCUGUAUAAAUAUGUAUCUGAUAACAACUGCAUGCUCAAACAUUGAUGAUUCCCCCUCAGUAAAUUAAGAUGGAUCGUUUUUUGUUUCCCAUUCCAACAAAAUGUUCCAUUGCUGACAUUGAAGAAAGAAAUGUAAUCAUAACUUGCACUAGAUGUACAUUGAUUUUUAUUUUUGUUUAUGGAUUAAAAAUAUACUAAAUACAAAGUAAUCAAUUGUCACAUGGUUACUUUUACCUUUAUAAUGUGAUUUUUGUACAACCAUUCAGAAUCCUCUACAAGCAAAGGAUUGGGCAAAAGUUUGCCAGCAAAAGGAAGGUUUAAUGUUUCUUCGUAAUUUAAUCAGACUUUCUGUUCCCAUAACCAUAAUGCUUCUAUUUCUAAUCAAAGAACUGUAAUACAUUUGUAAACAUUGCAGGUUUUGAAAUAUUUUAUUAUGUACCUAUUUUGCUUGAUUUCUCUUUACAGGAACUUUGAAAUGUAGCAAUAAUUCGUUUAUAGUUCACUUCAAAUACUGAAUUGAAAAAGUUUGUGUGGGAUUUAAAUUGAAGAUGUAAAUUCAACUAAUUUGGAACAUGCUUCUUUGAUUCAUUAUGUAUUUCUGAAUGUUGAAUGCUCAUUUACUUAAGAGCAGAAUUUCAGCCCCAAGAAGUUUCAUCCCGUGCUAUUGACCACAGUAAGACUGGAAGCUGGAUCAGAUGAUUUUGUAGAUCUGAAUGGUGUCUAACCAUUCCAAGGCAUCUCAUCUCUUUAACAGUGGAAGCAUUUAUGCUGGUUAUCCUAAUAGUAAUAGUUAUAAAAUGAUUUGGCGGACUAGAUGGUAAGCUCUACAUGCAUAGUGAGGAUGGAGUAAGCUUUCCCAAACAUCAUCCCCAGUUAAUGAGUCUCUUCUUGAAACUCGGGAGUUUUCAAACACUCUGCGAGACAGCCCAGGAAAGCCAUUUAUAAAAGUAGAGCCAGAGGCUCUGAUGUGUGUACACACCUUUAGUGAUCUCUUAGGGUUGUGGCUGAAGCAAAUUAAGAACAUGUUUCUUUAUUGCAAAACAUUCAGGCACUGUAAUAUCUAAAGCCUUGGUCUUAGUGAAAUCACCAGGAAUACAUAACCAUAUUUUAACAAUUAGAAGCAGGUGCUUGGCUAACUGUGGCCUAAAUACUGGUGUUUUUUAAAAAAGUGAUGGUUAAGGUCAUAGCUUUGAAAAGCUCUGGUGUUUCUCAGCAGUGCCUAACUGCUUGGUUUGCGUAGACCUGUUUAGUUUUGAUUCAAACUCAAACAGCAAUUGGAAUUCUUGCUAAAAUUAUGCUUUUGGCAGCAAGUCAUUCUGUUCAUUUAUUUCCACUAAAAAACCCAGUGUCAUUUUAGUUGUUUAGGUAUAAAGCUGGAAUACCCUUCAUUUGGGCCUUUUGGUACUUAAGUCAAUCAGUGUUAUCCCUGAAGAAUUUGGGCUAUAUAUAUUGUUUGAGACUUGAGAUGUUUCUAUUUAUCACUGUCUGCAAAUAAUUAAAGUAUCCUCUGCCCUUAGUUCUAAUCAUGUGCUUUAAGUAAUAUCUUAAUUUUUAAGGCUUCCUGUUCAGUUUGAAGCUCCCCGAUGGUUAGACAAUUUGAUGUCUUACAGUAAAACAGGAAUCACAUAAAGUGGCAGUGUCCUCAAACUGCCUGCUGUAGCACAAAGUGAAUUUAAAUGUUAGGACUUCACAUUUAAUACUCCACAUCUAGAUAAUGCUUAUCCAAUUUUUCUUUACCUGCAUAUAGAAAAAUCUCCAUGUGUCAUGAUGAUUCAGGAACUGAAAUAAGCGUGCCUAUGUUGUAUAGCAAAAGGAGUCGCCUUACUCAAGAGUAGAACAGGAUAUGGGAGAGAAGGCAGGGGUGGUGUCAGCAUCUUUUUUGUUCAUAAAGACUGCAUAGUCUGUUAAUCUGUGAUAUUUCAUAGAGUUGUAUUAAACAUUGAUCUUAACUGUUUUUAUUUAUACUAUUGUGGUAGAGUUGCAUCAUUACAGUAAAAUAAAAUUCUAUUACUGUAAUGAUUUCAUCAUAAAACAUUAAAAUUUUGUGUAUUA